CUGAACAUGAGCUCCAGAGAGUUGUGGCUGAGAAGUUCAGAGCCAGGCAUCUUCUAGGCUUCUUCCACACCUGUAUUGUCAGCUCCAGGAGCCAUGGGGAGGCAGAAGGAAGUGCUGUCGGCUAUCGGACGGAGGCUGCGGAUCAGGAAUAAGCUGCUCCGGCAGGGCCUGGCUGAAUGCUUGGGCACCCUGAUCUUGGUGAUGUUCGGUUGUGGUUCGGUGGCCCAGCUGGUGCUCAGCAAAGGGAGCCACGCCCGUUUUCUGACGGUCAACUUGGCCUUCGGGUUUGCUGUGACGCUUGGAAUUCUCAUUGCUGGACAAAUCUCAGGUGGUCAUUUGAAUCCUGCAGUCACUUUUGCGAUGUGUUUCAUGGCCCGGGAACCUUGGAUCAAACUUCCGAUUUACGCCCUCGCGCAAACCAUUGGAGCUUUUCUCGGAGCGGGCAUCGUGUUCGGCUUAUAUUUUGAUGCUAUCUGGGCAUUUGGUGAAAACCAACUCUUCGUAGUGGGCACCAAUGGGACGGCGGGCAUCUUUGCCACGUAUCCAUCAGAACACUUGAAUUCCGUCAACGGAUUUUUUGACCAGUUCAUCGGCACCGCGGCGCUGAUCGUUUGCGUGCUGGCCAUUGUGGAUCCGUACAACAACCCUGUGCCGAGAGGUUUGGAGGCCUUCACAGUUGGCUUCGUCAUCCUGGUCAUUGGGACCUCCAUGGGCUUCAAUUCUGGUUACGCCGUCAACCCAGCCCGAGACUUUGGGCCCCGUCUCUUCACCGCCAUUGCUGGCUGGGGUACCGAAGUUUUCACGGCUGCUGGACACUGGUGGUGGAUUCCUAUCGUUGCCCCCUUCUUGGGUGCCAUCGCAGGUGUUGGUCUACCAGCUGAUGAUAGGAUGCCAUGAUGAACCACCUCCCGAAUCCAGCGAUGAGGAGAGCGUCAAGCUGUCCAAUGUGAAGCAGAGGGACAAUGUCUGAAGCUACGCACUUGCCCCCUGGACAA